GCGACAAGAAGAUCUCAGUCAGUCAGACAAUUCGGAAACUUCGGUUUUCUGUGGACGAAGUCUGUUCUGAUCUUGACAUCUGGUGCGCUUUCCUGGAAAAUCCUUGUCAUCAGCACUGAAUCGCGACACACUGUCUUGACAUGUGGUGGUUCAUUCGAGCGCAGCUCUAUGCCUUAAUCCAGUGGCUGUCAGACGAUUCAAAUUCCCGGAUCAUGCCGGAUUCGGCUAAGCUGGCGUCUCCACCCCAGGGCGUGUUGAAGAAGCCAGGCCAUGUCGGCCAUGUCACAGCAGCGGACAAAGAGGAGUGGAUCUCUAUGGAGAAGAGCAAAGAAAAAGAUGCGAAGGAUAAGAAGAGCCGAUUCCAAGUUGCCAAAGUAGAUUUUGCGAAGGGUUUGAAAGAUACGGAAAAUCAGCAUAGCAGCAGUGACGAUGAUGAACAACCCGGAGGUGGGGGAAACUACAGCAGCUCGUACGACACUCACAACAUGCGAUCGCUUCAUCAGUAUACUCGGGAAGCUCUGCCGAGACUCGAUCAUUACCGAAACGUCAUGUCUGUCCAUGGCCAUAUGGACAGACCCACCCUCGACGAAUUGCAUAAUGCCACAUUGUCGCUUCUACCCGAAAAGCAGAGCAACGUCAAAUCUCCGGGCGAACUCGACACCAAAGGACAGCUAAAACUCGGCUGGAUUCAAGGUGUACUAGUACGCGUGCUCCUGAACAUUUGGGGAGUGAUCCUUUUCUUGAGGCUGUCAUGGGUGGUCGGACAAGCCGGAAUCGGUCUGACGAUGGUCAUCAUCAUAUUGGCGACCGUCGUGACGCUCCUGACCGCGAUUUCGAUGUCCGCCAUCUGCACGAACGGCGAAGUGAAGGGCGGCGGUACCUACUACAUGAUUUCGCGAUCCCUCGGUCCCGAGUUCGGCGGGUCGAUCGGUGUGAUAUUCUCCCUAGCCAAUGCAGUCGCCAUCGCCAUGUAUGUCGUCGGAUUUGCUGAAUCUGUCCGAGACGUCCUCGUAUCGAAUCAGGUCGAACUAGCCGAUUUCCUCGCUCACGACAACGGGAUCAACCUCGUGCGACUCAUAGGCAUGGGUACCUGCAUCGUUCUCUUGUGCAUCGCUCUCAUCGGAACCGAAUGGGAAUCCAAGGCACAAAUGGUGUUGCUGGUGGUGUUGCUCGGUGCCAUGCUGAACUUCAUUCUCGGAGUCCUCCUGCCCGCUCCCGAGUCAAAAGUCGGCAGGGGUUUCCUAGGACUGUCUGUCUCGCUGAUCGCUGAGAACUUUGGCCCGGCUUUCAGUCCUGAAGGCGGCAAAGAGUACGGCUUCUUCCAGGUGUUCGCUGUAUUUUUCCCAGCAGCGACUGGAAUCCUCGCCGGUGCGAACAUUUCCGGCGAUUUGGCGGACCCGUCGGUAUCGAUUCCUAAAGGAACAGUCCUCGGUAUCAUCAUCUCGUCCAUCUCGUAUAUGAUUUUUGGCUUCCUGACGGGCGCUUCCAACCUUCGCUACGCCACUGGGAUAGCCCCUCCGAACGCAACCGAUCUUCCAGUUGAGCGGCUCAUGGAGAUCGUCGGAAGACCCGGCCCUUGUAGCCAUUCGGAGUGUCCGUACGGCAUGUUUAACGACGUCAAUAUCAUGGAGAUGGUGUCUUUGUUCGGUCCUCUGGUGAACGCUGGCAUUUUCGCCGCAACACUGUCAUCGGCACUCGCGUCCCUCGUGUCAGCACCUAAAGUAUUCCAGGCUCUGUGCAAGGACAAACUCUUCCCGCACAUUGACUUUUUCGGCAAGGGUUUCGGUCCGAACAACGAGCCUACGAGAGGCUACUACCUUGCCAUGGCCAUCGGAAUGUGCUGCGUCGCGAUCGGGAAACUCAAUCUGAUCGCUCCGCUCAUCUCUAACUUCUUCAUGGCGGCCUACUGUCUCAUCAAUUUCGCCUGUUUCCACGCUACGUUCGCACGUUCGCCAGGCUUCCGUCCGUCGUUUAAAUACUACAACAUGUGGACCUCAUUCGUCGGCUCCGUACUCUGCCUCGGGGUCAUGUUCGUAAUGGAGCCCUACACAGCUUUGAUCACGUUCGCCGUGAUUUUGGGAUUGCACAUAUAUAUCGGCAAACGUAAACCCGACGUGAACUGGGGUAGUUCCACGCAGGCUCAGACGUACAAAGACGCUCUAAAUGCCGUUUACAAGCUGCAGCAAGUCGAGGAUCACGUCAAGAACUACCGACCUCAGAUUCUCGUGCUUUCCGGUGAACCUAACCAUAGACCGCCUUUGAUCGACUUUGCCUAUUCGAUCACGAAGAAACUCUCUCUAUUGAUGUGUGGUCACGUCGUACGACCCCCACUUUCGUACCGAGCACGACACAACCUAACACUUCGCGCACAACAAUGGCUCCAACGCCGAAAAGUCAAAUCCUUCUACUCGAUCGUUGUCGAGGAGAACAAACCGAGGGGAAUUCGAUCCCUGUUGGAAUGCUCCGGAGUCGGGAAGCUGAAGCCUAACGUUGUCAUGCUCGGCUACAAAUACUCAUGGAUGACGUGCAACGAUGAUGAACUGGAGGAGUAUUUCAACAUCAUCCAUGAAAUAUUCGAUCACCAUAUGUCCAUUGCUAUUCUCCGACUGCCGGAAGGCCUCGACUACGCGGAGUACGCGAACACCGACGCUCUGAUGUCGCCCACUGAGAAUGGAACCAAAGAUCAACUCAAGUUACCCGGGAUGGAUCGGAACGAGAGCACGCUCUUCCCGAGGAAUGUCUCGUCUGCACAAUUAUCUACCGGUGGAAGUUCCCGGGAGGCAACCCCGCCCGCCACACCUCAACCGGAAAGGAAAACUACGCCUUCAGGACGAGAUUCCAGAGAGAACGAAGAGGAAGAAGCUCUCGUCUCUCGUGAAAAUGCCAAAGAAUGCCCGAAAGAAGUACUCCUCAAUGUGAAUCAGUUCCUCCGCAAGCAACGCAAAGGAACGAUUGAUGUUUGGUGGUUAUACGAUGACGGUGGGCUGACGAUGCUGGUGCCCUACCUCCUUUCUACCCGGAGCAAUUGGAGUUCUUGCAAACUUAGAGUUUUCUCUCUGGCCAACAAGAAGGAGGAACUCGACCGAGAACAGAGAAACAUGGCGACGCUAUUGAGUAAAUUCCGAAUGGAAUACUCUGACGUUCUCGUGAUACCAGACGUGCAGAAACCGCCCAGCGAAGAAAUGAAACGAGAAUUCGAAAAACUUAUCGCUCGUUGGAGAACAGAUCAAGACGAGGCACCCGAGGACAACCGGCUCGCCAUCACAGACUCCGAGCUGCUCGCGCUCAAAGCCAAAACGUACCGUCAUCUGAGACUCCGAGAGUUCCUUGAGAAGCAUUCUCGGGAAUCCAACCUCAUUGUCAUGACUCUGCCGAUGCCUCGAAAGAAUACGUGUUCUGCCAGUUUGUACAUGGCUUGGCUGGAAAUGUUAACGAAGGAUAUGCCACCGUUCCUCUUCAUUCGAGGCAACCAAACGUCCGUACUCACCUUCUACUCGUAGACGCUUCUGUCUGGCGUCACCUGGAGAGACCAGCCGCGGAAACUUUCCAAUCCAGUGAAAUAUUUAGAACGACGCCUUAGUACGUGGGAUCGAGUGCACCAAGAGGAAUCGAAUCUUCAACAAACAGUCUCGUUGUGCUGUAUUCCCCCUCCCUCCAUAAAAUUUGUUGCUGCUACUCUUGCUUCCUCAACGCUCUGAGACAGAGCAAGGCCAACUCUUGGACCAAGUUCCCUCUUCUUCGGCACAAAAGAUAUCUCGAUGCCGACUAUCGUAGCGGCCGAUAUUUGAAUUCCCGGUGAUGUCUCGACGAAAAACUAUGCAGAUGGCCCGCCGUCAAGAGUGAAUACGGGUCGAAAGAGUUCAAAUAUGAGAAAU